AUGGUUGACGACAGAGUAAGUAUUCCGAAAUUAAAUAGUACGAAUUGGCAAAUAUGGAAAAUUCGCGUGGAAAGUUUCCUCGCACGAGAUGAUUUAUCAAAGUACAUUGAGGAAGAUAUUCCUGCUACAGACGAUUUGAAGGAUGCUGCUUGGAAGACGGGCGAUCGAAAGACGAAAGGAACAAUUAUUCUCUUCUUGGGAGAUAACCAGCUGUCCUUGGUGAAAAAUUGCGUGCAUGCAAAGCAUGUGUGGGAUGCCCUUCGUAACCACCACGAAAGGGUUUCUCGAUCGACUCGUGUAGCUCUUCUCAAAAGAUUGUGCUCUGCUAGGCUGCAAGAAAAUGGAAAUGUUGAAAAGCAUCUUUCAGACAUCGAAGAGAUUUUCGACCGCUUGGCUGCAGCUGGCCAUGUGUUGGAUACUGUAACGAGCCGCUUUGCCUGUUUGGGGUCGUGA